UCAUCGUAGACAAGUAUCACAUUUAAAAUAUCACGUUAAAAAUUCCAACGAUUUAAUUUAUGGAUCUCUUAUUUUGAAAAUCAUAUAUCUGAGUCUCAUUGAUUUCUUGAAAAAAAUCUUAUUUUUCUCCUUUCCGAAUGAUAUUUUAACUUAAUUAUCAUAAAGCAUUCCGCCUCAACAACUCGAGUUAUUGGGAGAGAUCCAUGUAUGUAUUUUAACCACAUCCUCUUACACACCCUCUCAAACGAAUUCUAACUCAUGGGUUUGGAUGCACAUAAUAGUCAUACCAUGUGUUCGUGAAAAUUUGAAUUGUAACUCGAGUUAUUGGGAGAGAUCCAUGUAUGUAUUUUAACCACAUCCUCUUACACACCCUCUCAAACGAAUUCUAACUCAUGGGUUUGGAUGCACAUAAUAAUCAUACCAUGUGUUCGUGAAAAUUUGAAUUGUAACUCGAGUUGUUGGGAGAGGUUCAAUCGUGGAUCAUAUACCACAACACUAACACGCCCCCUCAAACGAAAGCCACUCACAAGGGCUUGAAGUUUGCACAGGUCUGAAGACAAGAAUACCAUGUGCUUAACAAAUGGGGUCACCGGGAAUCGAACACAAGACCUCUCGAUCACAGAAGGCUCUGAUACCAUGUCAAGAACCAGUUGGUCCCAAUAACUCGAGUUAUUGGAAGAGGUUCAAUCGUGAAUCAUAUACCACAACACUAACACAAACCACAUGCAUGGAUCGGUAAAAAGGAAAAAAAACAAACAAACCAUGUGUAAGGGGUUGAACUCACAUACGUAUUGGUCCGCAACUCCGCAUUGAUCUAUGAAACAAAACGUAUAUUUAGACGAACCCUGUAAUCUAGACUUCAACUUACUGUUUGUCCUUAAACACAAACAUAGACAGAUGAUAAUUUAGGUCCUUUUUAACCUUAAAAUUAGGGAUGACAAUUUCGACCUGACCCGUUUUACCCGACCUGUUUGACCUGUUUUGGGGCGGGUCCGACCCGCCCCGUAGGCGGGGCGGGGCGGGCAUGGGUAGUCUUAUCGACCCGACCUGCCCUGACCCGCCCCAUUCUCGACCCGUUCUUGUCUAAAUUACAUGUAAUCUUAGUCAAAUUACUUAGAAUUUUCCUUUUAUUGCAUCAUGUUUUAGCUAUAAUAAAGUUGUAAAUUAGUAAAAACUUCAAUUUCUCCAAUAAUUUAACUACAAUUGUCAUAAUAUUGUUUGUUUUCUUAGUCUUAUAAUAAAAAUAACGAAUAUUUCUAAUGUUUUUCAUAUAAAUUGCAUACCCAUUGGGUCGACCUGCCCCAACCCACGACCCGUGAUCAAUUACCCGACCUGCCACGGGGCAGGUCUGGGUACCAAGAAACCCGCCCCGCACCUGCCCCAUUGCCAUUCCUACUUAAAAUACAUAAUAUUAAUAAUAAAAGAAAUUGGCAAUUCAUCCAGCAGUUAAUUAUAAGCAGCCACCUUUCCCCACAACGUUCGGAUCAUCACCAAAGCCGAAUUGCGAGGGAGCUAAAUCAUUUGCGUACCUCGCUCACUCUCUCUCCUUAACAUAUACAAAAAAGAGGGGGUUUCUUCCUUGUCUCUCUCUUCUCUCUCUCUAAUGGCAUCCAUAGGGAGCAAGAAAGAACGGCGACCGUCGUCGCUAUCCUCGCCGGGGAUGGGGCUGGACAGCGUGGAGAUCGACAAGAUGGCCGACGUGCCCAUCAACGACAGCACGCCGCCCAGCAAGCCGAACCUGCCGAGGAUGUCCGUGGACCUGGGCAAGCCCUCCGCCGCCGGCGGCGGCGGCCUCGGGCGAACUGCGAGCAAUUUCGGGGAGUCGUUCCGGAGGACGACGAGCAACUUCGGAAACUUCGGGAUUUCGUUCAGGAGGACGACCAGCAGCGCGCUGAAGAAGACGGCGGGGAUCCUGCCCGGCGGUGGGGGCAAGACCCCGCCGGCCUCUGGGAGGCAGCAGCGGGUGCAGAGAACGGCGUCGUCCGCCGCGAGAGGGCUCCAGUCCCUGAGGUUUCUCGACCGGACGACGACCGGAAGGGAGACGGAUGCUUGGCGGGCGAUCGAGCGGCGGUUUGAUCAGUAUGCUGUUGAUGGGAGGCUGGCUAAGGAGCACUUCGCCGCCUGCAUUGGAAUGGCGGAUUCGACGGAAUUUGCGUCGGAGCUGUUCGAGGCGAUUGCGAGGCGGAAGUUCAUACCGACGGCCGGCGGGAUAACGAAAGAUCAAUUGAAGGUGUUUUGGGAGGACAUGACCAAACAGGAUCUUGAUGCUCGUCUCCAGAUUUUCUUUGACAUGUGUGACAAGAAUGGAGAUGGUAAACUUUCCGAAAAUGAAGUUAAAGAGGUCAUACUCAUGAGCGCAUCCGCCAACAAGCUAACAAAACUGAAAGAAAACGCGGCCACGUACUCAGCACUGAUAAUGGACGAGAUGGACCCGGACCACAAGGGCUACAUCGAGAUCUGGCAGCUGGAGGCCCUCCUCUGCGGGAUGGUCAACCAAGACAGCUCCGCCGAGGAGGCCAGCACCAAGAUGAACCGCCACGCCAAAUCAUUAGCCCGAGCCAUGAUCCCGAGCUGCUACCGCUCCCCAGUCAGCCGCUUCUUCACCCACGCCACCGAGUACGUCCACGAGAACUGGAAAGUCAUCUGGAUCCUCGCCCUGUGGGCCGCGGUCAACGCCUACCUCUUCCAGUGGAAGUUCUUCGCCUUCGUCGGCACCCCGCUGUUUCAAAUCUCCGGGUACUGCCUCUGCAUCGCCAAGGCCACCGCCGAGACCAUCAAGUUCAACAUGGCACUCAUCCUCGUCCCGGUCUGCCGCCGGACCCUCACCUCCCUCCGGUCCACCGUCAUGGGCCGGUUCAUCCCGUUCGACGACAACAUCAACUUCCACAAGGUCAUUUCCGUCGCCGUGGCAGUCGCCUCGUUGGUCCACACAGUGGCACACGUGGCGUGCAACUACCCGCUCCUCGCGUCAUGCCCUAAGGACAGGUUCGACUCCUUGGUCGGGAAAGCGUUCGACUACCACCAGCCGACGUAUGGGGCUCUGAUGGAGCAUUCCAUAAGCGUCACCGGGGUUCUGAUGGAUUUGAUCAUGGCGUUCUCGUUCACGCUGGCGACGCACUCGUUUCGGAGGAACGUGGUGAAGCUACCCGGGAUGUUUCAUAACUUGGCUGGGUUUAAUGCGUUCUGGUAUGCUCACCAUUUGCUUGCCGUGGCCUAUGUUCUGCUCUUCUUGCAUGGCUGGUUCUUGCUCACCGAGAAGCCUUGGUACGAGAAGACGACGUGGAUGUAUAUAGGUGGUCCAGUGACUUUGUAUGCCUUAGAAAGAGUGUUUCUAUCAUACAGGGAGCGCACAGAGCCGGUCACCAUAAUUAAGGCAGUUAUAUACUCGGGAAAUGUUCUGGCAUUGUACAUGACAAAACCCAUGGGUUUCAAGUACAAGAGUGGAAUGUACAUCUUCGUUAAGUGCCCCAACAUCUCCAGCUUCGAAUGGCAUCCUUUCUCAAUAACAUCGGCACCGGAUGAUGACUACUUGAGCGUCCACAUAAGAACACUAGGUGACUGGACGACGGAAAUGAAGACCAUAUUCGCCAAAGUUUGCGAGCCUCCCCAGGAAGCGAAACCCAGAUCAAUGAACCUGAUGAGAAUGGAGACCAGAAACGUGUCCGACUCUAACUACAAGGAAAUACAGAAGACGUUUCCGACGAUCCUUGUGAAAGGCCCAUUCGGGGCCCCGGCCCAGAACUACAACAAGUACGACAUAUUGCUGCUGGUAGGGUUAGGGAUUGGAGCCACUCCUUUUGUCAGCAUCAUAAAGGACCUCCUCAAUGGGCUUAGACCAAUGAAGCCAGGUGAGUUUUCAGUGGAGCAAGCGUCCAAGAAGUACCCGGAGAGAGCCUACUUCUAUUGGGUGACCAGAGAACAGGCGUCGUUUGAAUGGUUCAAGGGCGUGAUGGACGACAUUGCGGAGUACGAUCGGAAUCAUAUAAUUGAGAUGCACAAUUACCUGACCAGCGUGUACGAGGAAGGAGACGCCCGGUCGGCACUCAUUGCCAUGGUUCAGAAGCUUCAGCAUGCCAAAAACGGUGUUGAUAUUGUCUCCCAGAGUCGAAUAAGAACACACUUCGCAAGACCCAACUGGAAAAGGGUUUUCUCGGAUUUGGAGAAGGCACAUCCAUCUUCUCAUAUAGGGGUGUUCUACUGCGGGAGUGUGGCCUUAGUGAAGACAUUAAGGGAACUCUGCCAGGAUUUCAGUCUGAAUUCAACAACCCGGUUCCAUUUCCACAAGGAGAACUUCUAAGAGACAUUAGUUCUGUCCAUCGUAGUUCUUCAUGAUUUAUUCUCUAUUAAUGUAUUAAACUUGCAAAGUAAGUGGAAGAUUCUCGUAAUUAAUCACCCUGCUGUGAAAGGGACGUAGACAACACUUCUAAGUGUAAUUUGUUUUUCUUUAGGGGUACUUUAGAAUUUUGUAUAUCCAAUAGGAGUAGUCAUUUGGUCAGUGAAAAAUGAGAUACACAUACGGUUAUUUAAUUUGUUCUAUCCUAGGUUAGGAUAUCCAGUUUCAUGCAUCUUGGGUUGCAUGGUCUUUGCGUCCGACUCUUCACUUGACGUGAGUUUUGGGUUGUUGUGCCUCAAGCACAGGCCCAACCUGUGCCGGAUACACUCUCGCAAGUUGAACAAUGUAUGUCACUAAUAUUUAAUUUGGAUACUGAAAACAAAACCCGUCAACUCUCCGACUUUUGGUGCAGAGAUUUGCUAGUUGAACGUGAUGCGACAUCACGAGAAACUACUCGCGCUCCCAAAUAAAGAAAUCAUAUAUGUACUUAGUGUGCUCAUUAAAGAUAAGGUUAUUAG